GACAUCAAACCCAAAUUCCCCGUGUGGCGCAACGCGCAAGAUUAUUCCGCCUCUGCCAAUGGAUCCGGUGACCAGACUAGCAGCAUUCAGAAUGCGAUCAAUGAUGAUGGAUCUGGGGGCAGUCGUGAAGGUCAGGGUGUGACCAAGUUCCCCGCUGAGGUGUUUCUCCCCAGAGGAACGUACCAGCUGGGCAGCUCUUUGAAUCUCCGCGUCGGAACUGUGAUCACUGGUAACCCGUUGAACCCGCCGGUGCUCAAGGCGUCCGCGGACUUUAGCGAUGGUACCUUAAUCAAUGGGUAUGACAGUGGUAACGGGGCGCCAGAGACGAGCUUCAUGACUCUCAUGCGCAAUGUACUCUACUGGACACAUCGGUAUCGACAUCAACCAAGGCUCCACAACACCGAUGUGCACAUCACUGGUGGCGCCAUUGGAAUCAGGAAUUCAAACCAGCAGGUCAACUUCAAGAACAUCUACUUCAAAGAAUGCACGACUGCAUUUGAUGCCUUGGGGGGUCAUACGGCUCUUCUCCAGGGCGCGACAUUCGACACAGUUGGUCUCGGCAUCGACAGGAGCAGCAACGGUCUUGGAAGUAUGGUGCUGCUAGAUUCUGACUCUACGAAUUCGGGCACUGUGGUGAAGCUUUAUGACUCCUCCAAUGACAGCGGUAACCGCAACAGCCAAUUGCUCAUUCAAAAUCUUGUUCACGAUACUGAAAACUCCAUCGUCUAUGAGACUGGUACGGAAUUCUCCACUAGUCGACCCGACGAGCUCCUUUCCAAUGGCAAGUACUUCACUCGCAGUCAGCCUACCUACGCCGAGUAUGCCUCAGACCAGGUGGUCAAUGUCAAAGCCGUUGAUGGCUACACCAUUCAGGGCGACGAAUCCACAGACGACGUUGAGUCGCUUAACGCUAAUCUUGCGGGAAAUGCUGCAAACUGCAAGAUUACCUACUUCCCAUACGGCGUGUACACCGUCAAAGACACGCUGAAGAUCCCCGUCGGCUCACACAUUGCCGGUGAAGCUUGGGCCGUGAUUUCCGGGGCUGGUGACGCAUUUAAAGAUGCUUCAAACCCCAAGCCGGUUGUCCAAGUGGGUCAGCCUGAUGAUUUUGGGGUCAUUGAAAUUCAAGACAUGAGGUUUAGCGUCGGAGAGAUUCUUCCCGGCGCAACUAUUCUCGAGAUCAACGCAGCUGGAACGAGCCCUGGAGAUGUCGCGUUGUGGAAUGCGUUAGUCACAGUAGGCGGAACUGCAGAGACCAGCAUCAAAGAUGUCUGCGACCGACAGGACACAUCUCAAUGCAUGGCAGCCUACAUGAUGAUGCAUUUGACAGCUUCAUCAUCAGCCUAUAUCGAGAAUUUCUGGGGCUGGACAGCAGACCACAACUUGGACGGAGGAUCAGCAUACACUGUCAUUUCUACCGGACGCGGUGUUCUGGUCGGAGCUACUAAGGGCACCUGGUUAACAGGUACCGGAUCCGAGCACAACUGGCUAUACAACUACAACUUCCACUCGGAGCAAAAUGUCUACGCCGGUAUGCUGCAGACCGAAAGCCCUUACAUGCAAGGUAGCGGUGCUACUCAAACUGCUCCAGCGCCUUGA